GAGCCUCUCCUUCCACGCCAAAUUGACUUCACAGCACAUCCGCGAUCACGUCCGUCCACGCUCGUCUUCGUCAGCCGCGGCGGUCCGGUCUCGAGCACCUGUGCCAGUGGCCCGUCGUGCGUCACGGUGCUAUCCACAGCGAAGUGUCUUCCUAUGCCGUGCAACCCUUUCACUCACGCAGAUCCAAGACCGACAUCAGUAAGCUUUCGGCCCACGUUCACGGGUAGAGGUCGCCCAGUCACCGUGUACACCUCGCUCUCCCGUUCCUCGGAGGUCGAUCGCACUGUAUCACUCUUCGAGCUCAGGUUCAUCCGACGCGCGCAUUCUUACGUAUCUCAUGUCCCAUGGACGCACGCAAGUGCCCCCGCGCGCCAUCUCUUCAGUCAGCAGCCCGGUCUGGACGAGGCUGGCUGCGUCGCGCACCGCGAAGGGGCCUGCAUAUGCCGUACGACCUCUCCUCGCGAACCUACCGCAGAUCCCCCGAGCGCGCACCGAUUGGUCGGUGCCCAAUUGUGCCACAGCAGCGGUCCGCCUGGCGCCGUCGUAUCGGGCGAUCGAGUGCGGGGUACAUCGACUGGAGGGAUCAGAAGGCCUCGCCGCCUGCGCACCGCCAGGCUGCUGGCCCUCGGGCCGUCGGCAUCCCCGCGUUCUCAGCGAAUUUGAGGGCAUGCAUGUGCUUCGACAAUUAUGCAGGAUAUCAGAUACGGGCCUUCCGGAAUCCGGGGAUCAUGCGCGCGCCGUGCUGUGGGACUCCUGCCAGGAGGACGGGGACUGGUAUGACGCACUCGUAUACUGACUUAUCUGCAGUUCUCAGAGCCCGAGUUCGUCUGUGCUCGAUCGGCACGGCCAUGCCUCCCAUUCGCCUCUAUUCGGUAUCGAAAUCCGUCGCAAGCUGUGGCGGAGUGCGAAGGUUACCCCCGGUGCUGAUAGGCCACAUACUCAGGCUGAGCCCAGCUGAGCCUGGCCAUGGUUAGUGGCUUCUUGUCGCGCGUAUCCUCGCGCCUAUCGAGGCUAUCGAGGGAUCAGCGAAUGAUAGCGUGCGACAUACACGAUCUAGCUUGGUCCAAUACACACGCCGCUGUGUGCUGACUGCAGAUGACUAGCGCAGAUGAGUCUUGGCCUCGUGCUACCGACGUCCAGAGCUGCGUACCGCUGGCAGGAGCGAAUGGGAGUGAGC